UAAAGUUGCAAGUUUGGAUAUUUAAAAUUUCGAUCCUACUGAGAAUAUGGUACUUCAUUAAAUCUUGGCUUCAAAACUUAUCUCUUUUGUUGGUCGCAAUCGCUCUAUGUAGAGAAGCUAAUAAUGUUCAACAUCCUAACCUUCCCCGAUACUAACAAAGCUGGUGUGUGGCUCAUUGAUGUUCUUGUUGAUAGUUGGAGUUACAGAAAAAAGUAUGGGAUGUCUUUCUUCAUUUGUGUCAUCAUACAUGGGAUGAAUUUAGAUAUUUCAACAUUUUCUUUUUUUGCGUAGAGUUAAAUUAUAGAUGCUCUUAUAUUUAUGAAUGCUGACUGUGCUCAUUUGUUGUCUUUUUUAACCUCUAUACUUUGGUUGAGAGCUAGGGUUUGGGUGAAUAUUAGGGAUGGUCAAUGGAAAAUGCUACCGUCUUUGACUCAAAUGUAUGGCAAUACAUGAGUCAUGGACAUGGCAUGAAGAGAUAAGGCGAGAAGUUGUGUAAGGCUCGUGAGUACCUUACACAUAAAUCUGGGAGUCAAGAUCAGUUGCAGGUUACCCUGGGUGGUAAAUUUAGUGACUGCACUACUUUCUCAUUUCUAUGAUGUGAUGCAUAAUAAGGAACUUUGAAAAAAAAGUCUGCAUGUUAGGGCAAUUGAAGAUUGUAGUCUAUUGAAAACAUGGUAGUUGAUUAUGAUUCAGCUUUGAAGCAUCUUUUACAUGGAUCAAAAUAAAUAUUUCAUAAUAAUCCAACUAUUGGGGUUGGUUACACAUGUCUAUUCCCAAUGAUUCAGCUCUUGGAAAUAUGGUACCUCUAGUUAAAUCCAGGGCAUUCAUUCUCUUUUUAUUCAGUAUGAGCUGUAUAAUAUAGUGCAAAAUGUAAAUAGUUCAUUUUAACCUUACCCAGUACUGGGACAAGUAAAUAGGUCAUUUGGUCCCUGUACUCUCAAGGGAUUACCGGUACCAUCCUUACACUUCUCUUUCUAUCUUUUAAGUUGCCAAACGAAUUUUCUGUUCACCAAUAUUAUCUUCAGUGAAAAGAAUUCGUUCCAACAUCUUGAUGUCACCAGUUUUUGCUGAUAUGGAGGAAGGUAAAUUACAUUCCAACUUGGUAGAUUGCCUUAGCACUUGGCACUUGAACUACUAUUGGUAAUUCCAUGCAUUCAUUUGUGGCAGGUACCUUAUUUGUCACCAGUUUUUGUCAUCAAUAGUUGAUUGUUUGUUUCUGAGGAGGGAUAGCACACCGGUAGCGAGCCAUGGACCGGCAGGACAAUAGAGAUGGCAGAUGGUGGCUGAAAGUGAUGCUAGCAAAUGAAACAGUGCCGAUGAUGGAGGCAAGAGUUUCUCUGGAGCGAGUCAUGGUAACCUCCACAAACAAAGUUCCACAUGAAGCAUGGUUCUGUCAAUGGAAUGCUUUUACCCUUAGAUCAGCUGCCAAGUUAGAAUCAAAUCAGUGUUGUUUCCCCAUGUCAGCAGAUCCCAUCAAUCCUAAGCCACUGGAAUGGUUUUGUUUGGCCGGAGAGGAUGGAAUCGGUGAGGACAUUACAGCUUCUUGUCGCUGCUGCUGCAGUAAUUGUUCUCCUUAUUGCUACUUUUCUUACAUACGGUAAAUGGAUGGAGCAAAUCCAGACAACCAGCAGAGCUAAUUUCUUGCCUGUUCUCUUCAUUUGUUCUUUAUGGAUUAGCACGAAUGAGCUGUGAACAUGCCAACCCAUUAUGGCUUUUAUGUUCUCCCUCGAUCUCAUCAGGAAAAUCAAUAUAUUGUCAUAUUUGCAUUUCUUUCCUCUAUUUAGAGAAGAGGAGACGAGACUGGAGAUGAUAAUUAUGAUGUUUGGAAUCACUGCUUGGCUAUACUGUCCACAGACUUUUCUCCCAUAUAAGACCGAUGUAACCUAUUUCAUCCUCUCCUCUCAUGCCAAUUACCUUCCUGAUUUGAUCAGAUCAAUUCAGAGUCGGAAGGUGCUCUUUUACGAUCUUGCAAUAACUAUGUCUUCCACGGGUAGAAGAUUGAGAUUUAAAGGGAAGGUGGAAGGAUUUGAGAGGGCCUUUGAUAGCUUUCCUGUGAUACGUAUCUUCUCUCUCUACAAAGGGAAUGCAGCACACAUCUCGUCCAUCCAUCUGCAUGCUAUCUCAGCCACCGAGAGAUGUCUCCCUCCACCACCAUCCUCUGCGGUGCGCUCCUCUUCUUCCUCCUCGUCUCCUCAACCCUCCCGGCCGCGUCCUUUGACUGUGACGCGGGUGACCGCGCCGCCCUCCUCAAGAUCAAGAAGGGCCUCGGCAACCCUCGCCAGCUCAACAGUUGGAUCCCCGCCACCAACUGCUGCAACUGGUACCACGUCGGAUGCGACUCGCAGAGCGGCCGGGUCUUGUCCCUCCAACUCACCGACACCUACGGCGUGGUCGCUGACAAGGUGCCGGCGGCCAUCGGGGACCUCCCCUUGCUCCAGGUGCUGGCCCUAAAGAACAUGCCCGGCCUCUCCGGCCCCAUCCCCCGUUCCUUCGCCAAACUCAGGUACCUCGCCGGCAUCUUGAUCAAGAACAACUCCAUCAACGGCACAAUCCCCCGCUUCUUCAGCAACCUCCCCGAACUCAGGGUGAUCGACCUCAGCGACAACAAGUUCACCGGCCCCAUCCCGCCAGGCCUGUCGCACGGGGAGACCCCGUUCCUCGUCCUCCGCAACAACCUGCUGACGGGGGAGAUCCCCGCGUCCUAUGGCGACGUGGAGUACACCACCUUCGACGUCUCGCACAACCGGCUCACUGGGAGCGCGUCGUUCUUGUUCAAGAACAGGUCAAGGUCGACGUUUGACAUCAGCCUGUCGUGGAACCAGCUGGAGUUCGACAUUACGGAAGCAGCGCUUCCGGUGAAGCUGCGGACGCUGGAUGUGAGCCACAACCGGAUCCGGGGCGGCGUCCCCAAGGCGCUGGAGGACAACUACUACAUGUACCGCCUCAACCUGUCGUACAACCAGUUGUGCGGCGAGAUCCCGACGGCCGGCGCCAUGGAGGCGUUUGGGGCCGACAGCUUCCUCCACAACAAGUGCCUCUGCGGACCGCCGCUGCCACCAUGUCGCCACUGAGUGACGCACCGUGUUCGAUGAAGCGCGCCAAUGGCAAUGUUUGUGUCUGAGGUGUUGUGGAAGGAAUAAUUUGGUGCAUGCAUGUGUGCUGUUUGAUGGUCUGAUCAUAGUUCAUGAUAACUAUGUAGAUCGAUAAUUUUAAGUUGAUUUAGUUAAUAAAGGUAAUGAAAGGUAAGAUA